AUGACAGAUGCUGAGCCCAGCAUCAAGGCGUUGGCAGAAGCUGCCAGCAAGGAAUGGGGUGGAGAGUGCCAGUUGAUGACAGCGCCUAGAGGCUCACACGCUUCCAACGGUGCGUGUGAGCGAGCCAUCCUUGAGCUGGCUCGUCAAGCUCGGACCUUGGUGAGCAGUUUGGAAGAGCGAUUUCCUGGUUUUAAGUUGAACCCCAAAGACAAACACUACCCGUGGCUGAUACGCCAAGCUUCAUGGCUUCUGACCAGAUACCUGGUAAAGGCCGACGGCAAAACGUCGUAUGAGCGAUUGAGAGGGCGGACCUACAAAGGUUCAAUCAUUGAGCCCUUUGAGAGUUGUCACUACAAAGUGGCGGAUGCGGAAAAGGGGAAACGUGAUGCACAGACAAACACGGGCAUCUGGUUGGGUAAGAGUUUGCAAUCAGACGAACAUUUGGUUGCAACUGAGCACGGCAUCAGGCGAUGCCGGACGAUCUGGAGGAAGCCAGAGAGAUUGAGAUGGAACCUCAAAGGUUUCCAGAGUUGGGUUGGCCUUCCUUGGCAACCUCGUGGUCCACCCACACCAACUCCAGAAGCAAUCCGCUCAGGAGUCACUAGCCCUGGCACUCCAGUGCCAGGAACACCAGGUGUAAAGAAAGGCGUGUACAUCACGGUAGGGCAACAGCUGAAGCAUGGCAUGAGGCCAGGAUGCCCCGGAUGCCACAGUUCAGAUGAACAUCCCAAGAGGCACCAUGCUGAGUGCCGUGCGCGAUUUGAGAAGUUGAUCAGUGAGGAGCGCUUGAAGCUCGAGUCCAAGGAGGUCUUGGACGUAGAGAUGGGUGCGGGUACCUCCGCUUCAUCUCGGCCAUCUGCGGGUAACACCGCGGCAGUUGGAGAGUUGCCAGCGGGAAACACCGCGGCAACGGGAAAGUCAUCUGCGGGGCACACCGCGAUGACAAGUCCGUCAGCGGGGAACACCGCGACGGCUGAUGGAUCGGUCGCGGGCCGCCCCGCACCGGUUGAAGGCCCACUAGAAGGUACAUCCAUGGGCAGUGAAGCAAAGAGACUGAAGAAAGAUCAGUCGUCUGGAAGCAAGCGACCAGCUGAAACAUCGCCGGAUGAUCUCUCUGCAGAGAUCGAAAGGCGCUCAGUGGCAGCGCUACUUGAAGCUCCACAAGAAGAAGUGGAUUACAACGAUCGUCCAACACUUCAUGAGGUUCCCUUGGCUGCUUAUCCUGAAUGGGCAGAAGUGGGACAGGUACUUGACGAAAGGAGCGGUGAAGUUCUUGAACCGGACAAGGUCAAGAAGGCUCGGGGAAGAGAAUUGGAAAAGAUGGAAACCCAUGGUGUCGAGAAAGACAUCCGAUUGAGUGAAGCCAAGUCACGAAUCGCAGUCAUCCCUCCCAAAGAUCUCUUUGACGGAGAAUGGGCUUGGGAAUUGGUCAAGGCUAUGAAUGGAACUAGAGAAGCGUCUCGUCAAUGGAGCCUUUACAUCCGUUCGGCGAUGGUUCCUGAAGGCUUCCGUUUGUCCGAGUUGGUUCCUAACCUGUUCCACCACGACGAGUGGGACAUCACAAUGGCAUGUCACGGAGACGAUUUCAUUGCAGAAGGAACAGCCGCAGACCUUGAUAGGCUAGAUGGGAUCAUGAAAAGGCACUUUCAAGUCAAGGUACUUCCUCGGAUUGGCGAUCCCAGCUAUGGAGGGGCCGUGGCCGAAGGCAAUCAUUUGAACAGGAUCAUCCAAUGGUCUGAUAAAGGCUUCUCCUGGCAGGCUGAUCCCAAACAUGCAGUUGAGUUUGUGAAAGAGCUCGGCUUGGAAGGCAGCAAAGGUGUCGAAACACCUGCAAGCAAGGACACUGGCAGGAAUGAACGGCAUGCUGAUGAUCCCUUGUCCUCAUCAGAUGCAAGUGAGUUUCGUAGACUUGCAGGAAUUGCCUUGUACCUCUCGCUGGAUAGGCCCAGCAUCCCAUUUCCUGUCUUGCAGAUCGCCGCAGGUGAAACACCUUUCGUUGAAAGAGCUAGACGGCUCCAAGAUGCUGUGGAGAAAGGUGAACUGAAAGUGAAGAAGGAAAAGACUUCCGAGAACUGGGCUGACUUAGGCACAAAGAUCUUGGAUGCACCCCGAGUGGCAGAGCUAAUGAGCAAGAUGCCCCUGUUCAGAAGGGGCUUAGUGGGGGCAUGUCUUGUUCUGAGUGCUAAGGAGUUUGAAUUCGAAUGA